GAGCGCUGUUAAAUUAACAGCCAACAAAAUGCUCAUAUCGGUUAUCGCUGGUGUCUUGUGAUGCAAUAAUAUUCCAAGUUGCAGCCCUGCUCAUGCAGACUAAACGUCUCUCAACUUUGCUUUCACUGACUCAGUAGACACAAAAAAAAUAACAUUCACAAAAAAGCUGAAAAUAUUCACAAAGAAUUUGUUAAGAGCAGUCAAAAUUAUAGUACACAUCAUCUCCAGCAAUCAAAAGUGCUGUAAACAACGCAAAGGUAAAACUCAAAAACAAAACGUGCGAGAGAGAGAAAUAAAACUAUAUAUUAAGAAAGAAGGUCGCAGUGACAAGUUCGGAAACUGAAGAGACGCGCAGAAGAGAGUUAGGAGUACGCUAAUGAGAGGAGAAAAGGUGCAAGAUUGCUGCGAGGAUUUCGAAUGUGCCACACGCAGUAAGUAAGCAACAACGACUCGCAUUAGAAGGAGGCACGAGGACACGCGGCAUCAACGCUUCGAGUGUCGGCGACCUCGCAACAGCCGCAGUGCCCGCAGCACACGCAAGCCAAGUCGCCCCCGGAGACAUUACACACGACGGCAACGUCGCCUGCGCCACGCGCAACAACAGCAGCAACUGCAAGCGGACUUAAUUCAACUCAACACCAGGAGCAACAACUUCAACAUGGCUGUCAAGCAGAACCUCACUGAAUCUAAUGAUGUUGCAGCAACAGGAGCAGCAGCUGGCCAAACAACGGGCAGCACAACAACAACAGCAACAACAACAUCGUCUGGAAGCACAGCCAACGGUGUGGCAAGCACCAGUGGCAAGACAGCAAACAACAUCUGCGAUGAAGGUGGCGGCGGCGGUGGCCACAGUGCCAGUGGCGAAUUGUCGUUGCCACAUGCCCGCGAAGGAGUGGAACAUCAGGGCUCCGAGGUGGUCAUAAAGAUCAAGAAGCUGUUGGAGUCACUGCAGCACACCCGACACAAGGAUCAACGGGGCCUGCUGCAAUGCUAUGUGGCUGUGAUACAACAACUCGCCCACAUCCCCAUCAGCAAUACGCCAGAGGACUUGAAACUGUUUAAAGAGGAGAUUACCAAAGUGGGCAAAAUGUUGGCCAUGCACAACAGCAAGGAAUUGCUGAUGUGCUAUCUGCACAUCGUCUAUCCGAUCAUCUCGGAUGCCAAAGCGACACCCAGCUGCGCUGUGGCCAUUGUCUUUGAGCUAUUCCAUCAGGAUCUCAUCCUUGAGGCUGUGCAAUUACUGCUCGGUCGUAAUCCGCAGUGUGAGCAGAUUCGCAAAACGGUGAAUACGCUGUGCAAAUGGCUCGGCGAGUGCAGCUUCUGCCAGAAUCUCAAGCUUUGGAUUUUGGCGCUGUUGCAGGGAUUGCGCGACCAGGAGAAGUAUCUGCUGCUCGAUCAGAUUGCCAUGGACAACAUUGAGAUGCUGUUCAUUCGCAUGCUGAUGCCAGCAUUGAGGCCCCAAGUGGCGCCCAUUGUCUUUCACAUGCUCUCGACCAUUAAUCACGCACCCGAGAUAUUCCACAAGAUAUUGCCAAUGAUACCCAAAGUGAUCAAUGCGCUGAAGAAGCAGGUCAACAUUGUGGCCAAAACAUCGACAGAUACUUAUAUCCAAGAGCUGGUGGAUCUAUUCAACGCUCUAAUGCUGCGCUUUGCUGAUAACGAUGAGCUCUAUGCCCCGCUUAAGGAAGUGCUGCGCAUGUAUGAACCAUCGCAGAAUUCUUUCGUGCUCGCCCGCGACAUGCUGGAGCAAGUGCUGCCGAGGAAUGCCCGCGUCGGUCUCGUCAACUUGGGCAAUACGUGCUACAUGAACAGCGUGCUGCAGGCGCUGGCCAUGACCAGCGAUUUUGUACGCCAAAUCCUGCUCAUCGAGAGCAACUCGUCGCUACUGCUGAAAAUGCAACAGCAGCUGGCGCUGAUGCAUCACUCGAUGCGUUUCGAGUUGACUCCAUCUCUGGUAUUGAAGGCCACACGUCCACCGGGCUUUACGCCCGGACUGCAGCAUGACAGCUCCGAGUUCCUAGGCUAUUUGCUGGAUUUGCUGCACGAGCAUGAGAUUAAUGCGCACAGUGCACACAUCAACACGGAGUCAGCGCAGGUUAAUGCUUUGAAGGAGUCAUCGGCAACGGAGACGCCGUCGUCGGAUGAUAUUGUCGCUGCUGGUGUGAUUCCCUACAAUAGCAAGGACUUUGAGCUGUGUAGUCGACCCGUGGCGCCCGCUAUUAACUGUCACAGUGCCACACCCACCAAUGUGCAGUCGAAGAAGCCACCGUCAACCAUCGAUAAGACGUUCGCCGGCAAACUGUCAACGACCUACAAAUGCUUGAGCUGCGCAUGGGAGAGUCGCAAUGAGGACAGCUUCCGCGAGCUGCAGUUAUCGUUUCCCGAUGACAAGGACGAUUGUGGUGCCAACAAUUACUCGGUGCAGGAUUUAAUUGAUUACUAUUGCUCCGCCGAGAAGUUGGAUGGCGACAAUCAAUACUUUUGUCCCAGCUGCAAGAAACUGUGUGAUGCAGAGCGUCGCAUUGGCUUUACGCAACCGCCUCGUAAUCUAAUCCUCACGCUCAAGCAAUUCAAGUACGAUCAGAAGUAUCAUUUUCGCACCAAGCUCAUGCACAAGGUGUUCCAUGACGAGAGCGUUGUGGUCAAAGUGUGCGGCAAUGAUUCGCUGCAAGAGACCUGCUCAGUGCACUAUGAUCUGUACGCUGGCGUCGUGCACGCUGGCUACAGCAUGGACUCGGGUCACUAUUUCACCUUUGCAGCCGAUCAGUCAAAGAACUGGUUCAAAUUCAACGACAGCUUGGUGACCAAUUCGCAGCCGCAGGAAAUGCACAACCUCACCUCACCCAACACACCGUACAUUCUGUUCUAUCAGAUGUGCGGCAGAUCGAGCGAAGUAUCGGACAAUGGUCCAUUGGUGCCCAUGGUACCGGUGCCCAUAGUGCCGCCCCUAAAGCUGGACGAGCUGCCGCGCACGUUGCGUGACUAUGUGAAGAAGGAUAAUCGCGAAUACACCGAGGAAUUAAAGUUGCUGCACUUUAAGCGCAAUGUGAAGCGCAACAAUGUGAGCGACAAUGGCACCAUGACUCGCAAUGGCUACGAGGGCGACGAUGAGGAUGAUCAGUCGCCGCCACCGACUGGAGGCUGCGGUGGCAACGAUCUGGGCAUGAACAUCAAUCGAUUUGUCUACUGAUUACUGUAAGUGGAAUGCUUGUCGAGACUGUGUGCAACUGGAAGCGAGAGAGACGGAUCGAAGCAGUUAAAAUGGUGGCUCCCAACAUACACAUAUGCAGCGAUAUACGUACACACCAGUUAUAUAUCCAUAUAUAUAUAUAUAUAUAUACUGAAAGAGGGAGAUAACCAGAUAUAUCUGUAUGUGUGUGUAUAUGUGUAUAUAUAGUUAUGUAUCUAUUUUAUAUACACACCCAGCGUAAUAAUAAUACGAAUGUUAUCAUAAGUAACAUUAUAUAUACAAACUAUAUAGAGCAUGCACAUAUUUAUGCAAUCGCAGAGGCAUCAUCUAACACACAGACACACACACAUAAACACUCUCACAGUCAGAUACAGAAUGUAUGUCAAGUGCGUGUUUGCGAAAUCACAGAGAAAAGUCCAUAAAAGGAAGACGCGCUUUCCAGUAACGCACUUGCACACAUACAACUACACAUUCACUCACACACACAUACACACACACACACACUAUUGUUGUCAUGUUCCUUAAACCAAACUCCAGCACAGAAACUACAAUUGUAUUUCCAUUUUACAAAAAAUUUGUUAUAAUUUUACGCAUUGUUUUUUGUUAACACAAAUUUAGUUAUAGCCUUAAAUUAACUUAAACACACUACAACGCAUAUACAAAAGCAAAACAAUAUAGAAAUUAGCCCCUCAGAACGAAUGUUAUAUCGAUAGAUACUCCGUAGUACUACUCCAAUAACAUGGAUAAUUGAAAACCAAAAUCAGGAAUAAAUCAAACACACAAAAAAACCAGCCAACUUCCAGUACUCUGGCCUCCAAAUUUCUGUACCACGCGUCAACCUAUGAUAUCUGUAUAACUUUAGUUCUUAACGCACAGCGCCAAUUUAAGAUUUGUUUAACAAAAUUUUAGGAAACAAUUUAUUAUCGGCCAACAACAAAAAAAAAAAGAGAUAUCAGCGUUGCAAGAAAUGCGCAUGUAAAUGAUUUGCGAUUUUGUGAAUUUCGAAAAUUUAUCGUUUAUGUAUUACGAAUUUUUAAUGGAAAGCCUGGUAAAAAAAAAACAAAAACAAAAAUGAAUCGUCAUCGUUGGAUGCGAAGCAUUCUAUAUAUUUAUUGCGUUAAGAUUUUGAAUAUUAUUGCAAUUAAAUUGGAAUAAUUUCAAUUGUAUUUGUAUAUGCUGUAACUUAUGAAUAUUUAUCUUUUAUAUCAAUAAGGGUAUCAAUAAAACUGAAAAACACAUCUA